CCAUGGGAUUGAAACAUAAUGGAUUGGAUAGGAAAAAGAAGAAUCAAACAUGUCUUUUCUUCUUCUCCAUCAUUCUCCACCGUUAACAUUCCGAACCACCACUCUUCCUCCGGCAAAACCCACCAAACCGCCGGCGAAUCGUCUCGCCCUUACCACUUCAACUGAUUACACUAAAUGGGUUUCUGGAUUUCGUACCAAAGCUCUAAACUUUACUCUAUCUACUGCUCUGUCUCUUGUUUUCUCUUUCUCAGGAGUUGGAUUUGCAGAGGGAAAGGUAGGAGUAAACAAACCGGAAUUGCUUCCAAAGGAGUUUAGUACUGUCAUUGAUGCCGCCGGAUUCCUAUCCGAUGGUCAGGAGAAAAGGCUGGCCAAUGAGAUAUUAUCAUUGGAAAAGGAUACCGGAUAUAAGUUGAGAGUACUAGCUCAAAACUAUCCCAAUACACCUGGAUUGGCAAUUAAAGAUUAUUGGAAAGUUGAUGAUAGAACCGUAGUUUUUGUCGCUGACCCAACCUUCGGUAAUCUACUAAAUUUCAAUGUGGGAGUUACGGUUGAUUUAGAUGUGCCACGAAAUUUCUGGAGUCGUGUAGCAGGAAAAUACGGAAACAUGUUUUAUUGGAAAGAGAAGGGGGAAGAUGCAUCAAUUGAAGAGGCUGUUAUGGCUAUAACAACAUGCUUAAGAGAUUCAUCUAACUGUUCUGUUGAUGUAAACUAAUGCCAACUAUUAGCAAAUAUUGUCUUUUUACCCGAUAAGAUAUACGCAACAAACUUCUCCUUUUGGUUUAUUCGAGUAAUAAUCAAUUAUCAAACAAGUUUAUCUCCUUGCUAAACUAACACUUAGGUAAAUUUGAGAAGACCAUUUUGCUUU